GCCGGCCUCACCCCAACCUUUUUCCCGUUCUGCUGACGUCAAUUUACGAAGACUCGCGAGACCAGAGGUCAAAAACACAUUUGGCUAAUGAAACAGGAACGUUAGCAGCUGCAGCUAUGGAUACAGAAAUAUCUGGCCCACAUUCAUCAAAGCACUCAAGGAAAAAAGCUUCGAAUUCAACAAAAGAUGCCGGCCGGUCGUCUUCUGUGGCUAUGCAGAGCAGUCCUUUCCCAGCUGGUACUAAGGCCGAGAGUCAGAUGAAGUUACCCAAGCCUAAAAUUGAUCUUCGAGCCCUCUUCGAUUACCACUUCACACGGAAGCAGCACCGGUUCCGCGAAAGAUGGAAGCCCACGGAGAGCAAACCAAGGAAGUUUCGCAGAUAUGUCAGAAAAGGGCAGGAAAGGCACAGAAUUCCAGAAGACGAACAGAAGAGGAGAAUGAAAGAUAGAGGAAUUGUAUUUCCUUUCGUGGAGAAAUACUACGGCAGGAAGCAUCUCCCUUUAAAAACGGUGCGAGAAUAUGAGCAUGCAGCGUUGAAGGGGUUUUUCAAAUACAUUGAAAUGUUGAAAUAUGAAGAUCAUUUGAAGAAGUCCUUGAUGCGGUUGAAUGCUGUGGGCGAUCUUGAAAAUGAAUGUCUGGAAUCACGGAGGCACAAAUACCUGGAUGAUGAUGGACCCAUUUCUCCCAUUGCAGAGACCAGCAACGCGGAUUCUGGUAAUGAAGACAUUGGUGCCAAAAUAGUGGAUAACAGCUGUUUCAUAUUGCGCACUAAAAUUCCCAAGAAAAAGAAGAAAUUGAACUUGAGGAGAAAAUGAGUGGCAUCUUUUUCAGGACAUUUAAAGGGAAUGCCUAGAAGGCAUGCAAAUAAAAAUUUACCACUCUUGAAGAUCCAAACUCCCUUAAAUAAAGUCUCUUAAAAGCAAGCAAAAUACAAGCCAGCAAAACCACUGAAUGUCCUCCAUGAUGUGCCAUGUAUUUGCAAUAAAGAUUCAAGGACAACUUGAUGAGGCAAAAAUAUGAUUUGGGCUGAUUGUUCUUCGCAAGAAGCUUUUGUGAUUUCGCCAUUCCUGAAAUGCAUCAGAUUGGGAAAUGGAUGCAUUCAGCUUCCCACGUCUACUGUGGUACUUCAGAUUUGCUUAGUUUCUCCUCCCUCGGAUCAAUUUCAUUGUAUUUUCUUGGCCUCCUAAAAAUUUCAACGAAGGGCAACGGCAGCCACCAUCCCUUCCCCCUGUUGAUAUUCAGAAUUUUUCCCAUUUUUUUUAUUCGGCAGCACAAGCCCACAGCAGCCGCCCACUGUCUACCGCGGAACAUCCUACAGAAAGGCUUGAAGUGCAACCCGGAGGAUUGCCAAUCAGUUAGAAUUCUUUGCCAUCCUUAGAAGGAGCAUUUAAAACCCUGGGAUUCCCUCCAGAGACCCAAGAAAGCAUCGGACAAGAGAAGAUGAGAACAGAACCCUCCAAGCCGAAGACGAAGCAGCCCUCAAAAACCUAAAGAGGGUUCCAAAUUAUCAUCAUCCUUCCAGCAGAUAAAGGUUGAACUCAGGGUUAUCAUGGAUACGUUAGAAUAUAUACAAAAAGCAAAAGAAUUAUUAAAAGACCAACCUACAGCCAGUGAAUGCGGAUCCCACAGAAAAAAACCCCCAAAUCAUCUGGAUCCAAAGAAAGCUCAGCGACCUCACCAAGAAAGGGCAAAUCGCCAAAGAUGACCAGUGGCCGAUGAAAAGUACUGGAUCCGUUCACCUACAUGCCCCAGAAGUCUGCAGGGCAAGCAGUUGUAUCAUUAUCAGGAACCCCAACAUAACAUCGCUAAAGGAUCGGCGAAAAGGCUCAGCUAUCUCACAGAGGGAAGCAAAUACUCCAACAACUCCUUACAGUGCCAAGUAAUCCAACACCAAAGCAACUUCAUCCAUAGAUCCAAAAUUAGUCCCAAGAAUUCGUGACUCUUGUCUGUAAAAAUUGGAUUUUCUUGCUGUGCUUUGUAAUUGGCCAUGUAUACCAGCUGGAGGAAGUGUGCAAAAUUCACCUUACGUGAGCAACUCUUGGAAAACCAAUUUUGGGGGCAGAUAAAAAGGGCCGUUGUAACGUCAAACAAACUGUUGACUUAACGACCACAGUUGAGCCCAAAAGUUCCCAACAUCGUCAGCAACUUCCAGGCGUCAACCAUCUCUCCUGAUGAAAUCGUCGACGUUUCCCACAACAGCCCUGAGUUCAAGAACAGUGACGGCUCGAUGGCUCCACGCUUAUGCAGAAUCAUUUGUAACGGAAGUCUGUGAAUCUAUGGUUCAAGUCAAGCUGCUGUGCUAUUGAGCCAAGAAGAUCCCAGAUGCUCAUUUCAGAUUAAACAAAUGCCAGCAGACCAUGGAGAAUCUCAAAGAACAACUAGGACCAGACCUCACCAGAGCAUAUAGAAAGGCUGACGAACCAUCGUCAAGCCCCAAACAAGCUGGAGAAAGGGAAGCCAAAUUAAACUCCAGAAUCAAAGGGAACCAGAGCCCGAAUGGCUGGUCAACAUGUCCAGGCUGCCCACUAUCUUCCUCAGAACACAACAUCCUACAUGAAAGCUCUAAAGUAUAACCCAGGGGAUGCCCGUCAACUAGAAUUCUUUGCCAGCCUUAGAAGGAGCUUUUAUAAAACUAUCGGAUUUCCUAUAGAGACACCCCCCCCCCCAAAAAAAAAAAGCA